AAAAAACCAAAAAAGAAAAAAAAAAAAAAAGUCUGGCGUCUUUCCUGCAGAAUUCACAUUUGGUGUCUGCUGCUGGCUUUCUCUUUCUCUUUCUACUUUCUGCGAUUUCCAUCAAAACAAACCCUUUUGCGCAAACAAUCUUGGUUUUGGGGGUUCUUGUACAGAGAAGAAGAUACAAAGCCACACACCUAAAAAGAAACCUCAUGUCUGGUUUGUAUAAUAACUCCUCUUACUUCUCUCCUGCUCGAGCUGCUUCUCCUCAGAUUAGAAGCACUCCUGAGAUCGACAGCUCUCAGUACUUGACGGAGCUUCUCGCCGAACAUCAAAAGCUUACUCCUUUUAUGCAGGUCCUACCCAUAUGUAGCCGUCUCUUGAAUCAAGAGAUGUUCAGGGUAUCUGGAAUGAUGUCUAACCAAGGAUUUGGUGAUUUUGAUAGACUUCGACACAGAAGUCCCAGCCCCAUGGCUUCUUCUAAUCUUAUGUCUAAUGUCUCUAACACCGGGUUAGGCGGCUGGAACGGCCUCUCUCAGGAGAGGCUUAGUGGAACACCUGGAAUGACAAUGGAUUGGCAAGGUGCACCUGGAAGUCCCAGUUCAUACACCGUCAAAAGGAUAUUGCGUCUGGAGAUUCCUGUAGAUAACUAUCCUAAUUUCAAUUUUGUUGGACGACUUCUUGGCCCUAGAGGCAACUCUUUAAAACGCGUUGAAGCUACCACAGGUUGCCGUGUAUUCAUCAGAGGGAAAGGUUCAAUCAAGGAUCCUGAAAAGGAAGAUAAACUAAGGGGAAGACCGGGCUAUGAACACCUGAAUGAGCAGCUUCACAUCUUAAUAGAAGCAGAUCUUCCAGCGAGUAUCGUGGAGAUACGUCUGCGACAAGCUCAAGAAAUUAUAGAAGAGUUACUAAAGCCUGUGGAUGAGUCGCAAGAUUUUAUAAAGAGACAGCAGCUGAGGGAACUAGCGUUGCUAAACUCGAACAACCUGAGGGAAGAGAGUCCAGGUCCAAGCGGAGGUGGAAGCGUUUCGCCUUUCAAUUCAAGUGGUAAACGCCCCAAAACAGGAUGCUAAGAAGCGUUUUGUUUGCCUCGCCCGUUCCUUUAAAAGCCUUAUAAUGGUUUCUUCAACCAAAAGAACAUGUCUGCAUGCAUACACAGACGCACAUGUGUAUAUUUGGUUUCUCCAGUAGUGCCUGCAAUGGUGGUGGUCUGGUCUUAAGCCGUCCUGGUCUCUCUCUGGUGAGUGGACCCUGUGUGGCCUUUUUCCUUUUUCUUCCAUUUUGUUUUUUUUUUUUUUUUUCUUUGGUCGUCUUUAUGAGAGACGACAUAGAGAUUCAUUACAGAUUAUUUGAAAAAAAAGAUUCGUGCAAAAAAAAAUUAAGGAAAAAAGAAGGUAUGAGAUUUUAUAUAUUAUAUAUAUAGGGAGAAAAUAGAUGUGGUGGCUUGGGAGGGUAAAGGGCGAGGAUUGAAAUUCUUAUUGUAAAAACAUAAACCAAAAAAAAAAACACAUUUAUUGGAUUGAUUCUUAUC